UCCUAAUGUUUUGAUUCUGAGAUUUCUCUCAUUUUCCUCCUACUGUUGUAUUAUUUUUAAUUAGGUAUCUUUUAUUUAUGUCCUUUGAAUAUUUAUUUCUUGAAAUUAAGAUAAUUAUCUAGAGGCAUAUUCAAGCAUAACUUUGUCAAAGAUCAUGUUUGAAGCCUGGAUAUGAAAAAUGGAGUAGCUAUCGUAGGUCCUGCCUUUGUCUAAUAUCUAUGCUAUAUUAUAGAUUAAUGUGAGAUAUUUGGAAGAGUUGCAAAGUCAUCAACUAAGCAGAGGUAUUCAAAGUGAUAGGUUUUGUUUUGUCCUAGUGUUAGUUUUAAGAUGGAUGAUGGAUGGUGUGUCCCUGUAAAGGGCAUUCCAAUUUCCAAUUCCGAAGUUAGGGUUUGCUCUAGCAUAGAGCAGGCAACAAAGGUGCAUAGAUGAGUGGUUAAAAAUUAAAACCCUUUAUUUAUAUCAUUAUCAAGGUGUAGUUGCUUGGAGAGCAACCCAUACGAUAUUAGGCUCCCAUUAAUUGGGGAUUGAUUGAUAUCCUAAAAAGAUUUUAUCCAUUUAUCCCGUGUCCUGUUCAUAGGAAUUUCUGUUAAGAUCUCAGCCUUGAUAGACUGUUAACAUGUGUGGGGUUACAAAGGAGUGAAAGGACUUGUUGGGCUCUGGGAUCCACCUACCUUUGAGCCAUGGGACAGCUGAGCGGGGUCUGAAAUCCUAGUCCAGAUCAUGUUUCCAAGUAGUCCAGAGCUAUGAAGGAGGACAGCAAAGCGACUUCAUUUAUAAGACCAUGAUGCUGAGAAAGUUGACUUACGUGUACCGGAAUGAAGGGGACCAGGUGGCUCCUACUAGUAUUGGAAAAGCAGAAACUCUUCUUGUCCGGAAGUUACCAAUUGCUGCUCCAAAGAAUGUUUCUGUAGGAGAUUUAGUGGUCUUGAAAAACCCUGAGAAGAAAGAUAACUAUCUAGUCAGGCGAUUAACUGCUAUUGAAGGUUAUGAGAUGGUUUCGACUAAUGACAAGGAUGAAACCUUUAUUCUAGAGAAGGAUCAAUGUUGGGUAGAAGCUGAUAAUAAAAGUUUAAAACCCAAGGAAGCAAGGGACAGUCGAUCAUUUGGUCCAGUUGACAUGACAGAUAUUGUAGGCAGAGUCAUUUAUCGCCUGCGAACUUGUGUAGAUCAUGGCUGUGUACGAAACAGUCAUUCCAGCAUGCUAAAGGAUUGGCCCGUGUUGGCAGUGGAACUUGAUGUUGAGGAGAUGUCAAAGAAUCAUAAGGCCUAAAGGCCUGUUUGGUUUACAUUCCUGUCCACCCAAACGGGAAAACGUGCUUCCUUUGCACUUUUCCAUGAAGUGAAUCACUACAUAUGUCAAGUGGUUGCCUACUUGUGUUUUCCAUGUUUCAGAAUUCGAAACAAACCGGUUUCCUAACCAGCAUUAACUAGUUUGUUUUAUAGGCAUUCCUUGUGGAUUCUAUUUGAGACAGAGCAAGAAUAGGAUGUGACUAUUUUUGCCAAAGUUUGGGAUGGUUGUGUGAAGUGAUAUACUUUACUACAUAGUAUUAGAUGAUUGGCUUUUUCUUUAAAGCAUGAGUAAAACGUUUUAAAGUUGUCGUAAGCUGAAGCUCUAGCAGACAUCUGCACUGCUUGUUUUAUGUAUAUAGAGUAAUAUUAUAUUUUUUAUGA